AUGAGAAGGGCCAGGAGAGCCAGCAAUGUGGAGGUGCCCUCCAUCCUGCGGCAGCUGGCGAAGGAGACGGGCAAGCUGGUCACCUUCUUCUUCAAGGGGGAGAAGGCGGAGGGCGCGUCCGAGGACCUGCUGGACGACGACGACUCCAUGGUGCUCAGCCCGUACCUGGACCGGCCCGUCCUGCAGAAGCACAGCGCCGAGGGCGAGACCAAGUGGGGCGCCAGCUACGCCCUGGCCAGCAUGCAGGGCUGGAGGGUGCACAUGGAGGACGCGCACACCUGCACCCCGGAGAUAGAGGGGGACCUGGCCGGCUGGAGCUACUUUGCCGUGUUCGACGGGCACGCGGGCACCAUGGUGGCGCAGUACUGCUCCCACCACCUCCUGGACCACAUCCUCGCCACAGGCGCAGUGAAAGCGCAGGAGGACCAGGACGAGGUGAUGGAGGGGGUGCGGCAGGGCUUCCUGCGCAUCGACAGGCGCAUGCACGACCUGGCGCGGCGCGAGGGCUGGGACCGCAGCGGGUCCACGGCCGCCGCCGCGCUGCUGUCGCCCCGCCGCGUGUACUUCAUCAACUGCGGCGACUCGCGCACCCUGCUCUGCCGGGACGGGCGGGUGGCCUUCUACACCGAGGACCACAAGCCCAGCAACCCGCGCGAGAAGGAGCGCAUCCAGAACGCCGGCGGCUCCGUCACCCUGCAGCGCGUCAACGGCUCGCUGGCCGUCUCGCGCGCGCUCGGCGACUUCGACUUCAAGGAGGUGGAGUGGCGCGCGCAGACCGAGCAGCUGGUGUCGCCCGAGCCGGAGAUCUUCGAGAUGGAGCGCUCGCCGGACGACGAGUUCCUGAUCCUGGCCUGCGACGGCGUGUGGGACGCCAUCAGCAACGAGGAGCUCUGCGCCUUCGUGCGCAGCCGGCUGCUGGUCUGCAACGACCUGCGGGAGGUCUGCACCCAGGUCCUCGACCUCUGCCUCUACAAGGGCAGUCUGGACAACAUGAGCAUCAUCAUAAUAUGCUUCCCUGGCGCCCCCCAGGUGUCGCCUGAGGCAUUGCAGCGUGAGGCUGAGCUGGAGGAGGUGAUUGAAGGCAAAGUUGCAGAGGCCUUGAAAAUGCUGAAAUCAAAAGACGAAGAGCCCGACUUGCUGUUUGUGAUAAAGUACCUGACCGCAGAAAAUAUACCCGGGCUGCCACCGGGGGGCGGCAUCUCCAGCAAGAGGGACUGUAUUAUCUCUGCCUACCAGAAGUUGACAGUGACAAACAGACGACAAGAACAGGAACAAGAGCAAGAACAAGAACACGAGCAAGACACCGGCGACUCCGAGGAGUCUUGCUAGAGGUGGUUCCCAUGGAAACAGAACCCUCAGCACUGCAUCUCCAUAGUGACGCCCACCAUCUGGCAAAAAGACAAGGACUCUAUUUCUGCUGGAGUCUAGCUAAUGGCUGAAGAAUGGAACAGAACCGAGGCAAAAAUCCACUCAUGGUUUACAAACCCUGCUUGAAAAGUAUAUACAUUGAAAACACGAUUAUAGCACAUUUCAGAUAGAAUGCACAGUGCCUGGGUGGACACAGAUUCUCAGCACUGUGGCCUCUGUAAGAACAUGAAUGGACCUAUUUAAGCAAUGUCCAGUGGCUACCAAGUGGCUGCCAAAUUUGGUCAAAGGCUUUCCCAUUCAUCAUUCGGGCCAAAUUCCUUCCACUCUAAGCAUUUCCUGCAACCGUGAUGAGAAACGGUAUACACUCACUGAGCAGUUUAUUAGGAACACCUUAUUUGUGCGAUUAUCUAAUCAGCCAAUCGUGUGGCAGCAGUACAAUGCAUAAAAUCAUGCAUAUACAGGUCAGGAGCUUCAGUUAAUGUUCACAACAACUAUCAGAAUGGGGAAAUAUUUUGGUCUGUGAAGUGACUCUGACCAAGGAAUGAUUGUUGGUGCCAGACAGGGUGGUUUGAGUAUCACCGGGGAUUUUCACACACAACAGUCUCUAGAGUUUGCAGAGAAUGGUGCGAAAAACAUCCAGUGAGCAGUAGUUCUGCGGGCAGAAACACCUUGUUAAUAAGAGAGGUCAGACAUGAAGGGCCAGACGAAGCUGACAGCAAGGUGACAGUAAUGCAAAUAACCACACUUAACAACAGUGGCAUGCAGUAGAGCAUCUCUGAACACACAACACGUAAAACCUCUAAGCGGAUAGACUACAGCAGCAGAACACUUAAUAAGUCUAAGAAAUAAGUCUAAUAAAUACCUAAUAAAGUGCCCACUGAGUGCAUGCUCCCGUUACUCAGGGAUCUGACUGAAGCUGAGGCCGCAGAAGUGUGUGCUGAAAUGACUUAGCUGGACGAGUAAACAAGCAACAGUUAGAAGCCCCUGUAGCAAACAGCCGCUAGCAUCAUUGCUGACACGUGCACAGUGCAUAUUUCGCGCGGCCUCGCUAGCGAAAGUGGCUGAUUGCACUAAUUGCAGUCAUCCAUCAUGGCCCGGUAGUCUGUCUGAAUAUAUAAUAUCCGCUAAUGGUGGCGUGGGUUAGCACAAACACUUCGCAGUCACCCUUAGCCCACUGUGACUCCUGGCUCAGCUUGACACAGCCUCAGGAAUGUAUGGUAUCUGCGGCGCAAAGAUCCCGGCACACCGCACUGUAUGGGACCAGGACAAAUUCCAGCUCAGACCGACUGUCGUGAAUGACCCAGGAGUUCUACUCUACCCCACAAACCUACUCUGGGGGAAACCAGUGACUCAUUUUUCCUGGGUCUGUUUUUUGCACGUCAUUUUACUGUGCUGCCUUAUUGAGCUCUUUUUUAGUUGGUGGUGACAGGGAGUUUUUGAAAAGUGUAAAUAUUCGAAACUGUAUGUUUUAACUGUCUCAGUAAACUAAUUUAACAUUGUAGAUAACUCUAUGAACAUUAUAUAUCAAAAUGAAGCCACGAAGGAUAAUUAUUUGAAAAACAUUGUUUUAAUGUAUUUAGUUCUUAAUGGGAAUGCUGUUGGAAACAAAUGUAGGUUGGUAA